GGUUUACGUUUACGUGACAAACAAAUCUGUCACUGUCAGAGAAAAAAGAAGCGCUUGUGUUCUGUAAUUUCCAUUCUCCAAGUUUAAUAAUUACCCAACAAAAUGACAUCAGUUACAUCUGUAAUUCCUAAGUUGUAUCAGGAAUAUACAACCAAGACGCCUAAAAAGUUGAAAAUCAUUGACGCUUACUUAUUAUACAUUUUUCUAACCGCUGUGAUUCAGUUCGUCUACUGCUGCCUUGUCGGCACUUUUCCAUUCAAUUCUUUCUUGAGCGGUUUUAUUUCUACAGUCAGCUCUUUUGUCCUCGCAGUCUGUCUUCGUUUGCAAGUGAAUCCAGAAAACAAGAAUGAAUUUCAAGGUUUGAGUGCAGAACGAGGAUUUGCAGACUUCAUAUUUGCACACCUGGUGUUGCAUAUUGUUGUUAUCAACUUUAUAGGUUAACAUGUUUGUAUAAGUUUAUAAGAUAAUCUGAUAAUGUUUUCAAUAUAAAAUAAGAUUAUUCUAAUUUUGUCACCGAUUCUAAUAUUGGUUGAUACUGAUGUACUAAAUACAUAUAUAAAAUAAAUAAAUAAAUAAUUUGUGAUGGCAAA